AUGGCCGAUGCAUUAGCACUCUUGAACCAAAAGUUCCCCGUGGCAGAUGUCAUUGCAGGCACUGUCUGUGAGCGAGCAAUCAAAUGGGAAUUGACAAUUGACAAUGAUCUCAAACCACACUGGCAUCAUAGUAUCGUCUGCGUGACGAUUGAAAAGGCGCCAUUCGCCAAGGGUAGUUGUCGUACGGCACACAAGCUGAAAGAUUGGUCAAAGCCAGGCAUGGAGCUCGUGGGCAAGUUCUCAUCAAACAAGAAGACGACAAGAGACUCUUAUUUCACCGAUGUCCUCAUGCAGACCUUUUGCUCAAAGUGGGCAGAGAAGUUCAACGAGAGCAAGCCUCCCAAACCAAUCACAUUCCUUCCCACCUACGUCUACGAGCUCAUCGAUCAUCCACCCCCCUACCCAGUCUGUGGAGGUGAGCCAUUCAUCGAAGGAGAGUACAAGAAACAUAACAACAACAGUGGAUACGUGAAUUCAGAAGCAAGGAACACACCUCAGGCGUUCAGUCACUUCUCUUACGAAAACUCCAAUCACGAGUUGUUGAUCGUCGAUAUCCAGGGUGUAAACGACUUCUACACCGACCCCCAGAUCCACACCAAGUCGGGAUCGGGCUUUGGCGACGGCAAUCUGGGCGAGACGGGCUUCCACAAGUUCCUGCAGAGCCACAAGUGCAACGCCGUCUGCGACUUUUUGAAGCUGCAGCAGAUCAAUCAGAGCAAGAAGACUCUGCUGCGUGGCACUCUACCCGUCGUGCAGCUCAUGGAGUUCCACGAGGCCAUCGGCAUCAACCAGGCCGGUCAGCCCACCUCGGGCCCCUCCAAGAACUACGACAUGGCCUACUUCCAAUCGGGCGCGGGCACACCCGUCUCGCUCGACGAUGAGGAGAAGCAGCUGCAGGAGCAGCUCGAGCGAAUCCGUGCCGCUCAGGCCAAGUCCAAGCCCGCGCCACAGGCCGCUGUCAAGCAGCCCUCUGUCACCAACCUCCACAGUCUCAAGACGCCACCUGCCAAGCCCAUGUCGCUGUCUCCUGGCAAACCACUACCUGGACAGUCGCCGAUUACCUCGCCGUCGGCUACAUCGCCACCCAUCGCAUCGUCCAAGCCAGCGGCCGCGGCGGUGUCGCCACCAAUCAACAGCGUCGCCACAGCCAAGCCAGUGGCGGCAAAUGUACAACAACCAGCGGCCGCAGCAGCGUCAGCCGCACAACCUGUAAAACCACAAGUACCUGUACAACAGCAACCUCAACAACCUCAGCAACCAGCAGCAGCACCAGCACAAACACCACAACCACAGCCACAACAGCAACCCAUUUCAGUACAAGUGCGCGCAAGCCCACCAGCCCAGGCAGCAUCGUCUACGGCCAGCGCACCACAGCAGCAGCAACAGGAGAUCGUGCCCGACAAGUCGGCCACAGAGAAGUGGGACCUGAAGAGCACAAGGAACCUGGACACCAUUCGUGGACUCCAAUCAGAGUGCAUUGUGGGCACUGAGACACGUCUCUACACGGGAUCCAACGAUGGAAAUCUCGGCGUGUGGGACAUUGACCAGCCCAAGCACCUCAACAAUGUGAAGGCGCACGGCAAGUCGAUCAGAUCGGUGGCCAUCUCGCCCAAGGGCACACUGUUCACUGGUGGUGCCGACUCUUACAUCAAGGAGUGGGACCUCACUACAAUGACCAUGCUCAAGGAGAUCAAGGAGGCCAACGAAGUCAACUCGAUCUUCAUCCAGGACAACCUGCUAUUCAGUGGCUCCAACGAUAAGACGGUGAAAAUAUGGGAUCUCAGAAGCUAUCAAUGCAUUCAGACUCUACAGGGCCACACGCGUGCCAUCAAGGCCGUGUGCUCGCUUGGCAACCUGUUGUUCUCGGGCUCCAACGAUCAACAGAUCUUUGUGUGGAGCUUACAGACGAACCGCGUGCUGACCAACUUCCAGGGCCACGAAGGCUGGGUCAAGUCAUUGUACGCACACAACAACACAUUGUACAGUGGAUCGCACGAUGAGACGGUCAAGGUAUGGGACCUCAAGACGACCAAGUGCACCAACACACUCAAGUGCAAGGAUCGCGUGGAGACCGUGCACGUCACGAACCAAGGCAUCUUUGCUGGCUCUGGCGACCAUCUCCAGAUAUUCGACACAACCACUCACGAGAAUCUGACAUCGAUCAACACACGUUCCAGCAUCCUCUGUCUAUGGAGAAAGAACCGUCAACUGUUCACUGGUUCCUUGGCAUCCAAUCUCAAGGUUUGGACAUGGGACUAA